AUUGGACGGCAGACGAUAAAGCACGGCGCGCCACCACGGAUAAGAAUCCAGAAGCUUGCGCUCCGCUGUCCCGUCUCCGCUCCGGCCUCCACCCAUGGCUCAUCCACUCCUCUCGUCCGCGCUUGUUUGUUCGCGUCUUCUCCCUGUAGGGAACUCCGUUACCCGGCCCCGGCUGUGCGUGGCGUCAGCACGCCCCGCGGGCAGGAGGGUGAGGCUGCUGAGCGUGAGGUGCGAGCAGGGAGCCAAGGGCGGUGGCGGGCUGGACGUGUGGCUGAGCCGCGGGGCGAUGCUGGGCUUCGUCGGAGCGGUGGCCGUGGAGCUGACCACCGGGAAAGGCGUGCUUCAGAAUGUGGGAUUGACCGCGCCGGUGCCGACGCUGGCGCUGGCGCUCACCGGCGCGGUCGGCGUCCUCACGGCCUUCCUCAUCUUCCAGUCCGGGACGCGGGACUGAUGGGUGAAUUGUCAAAGCUCCCAAAAGGACAUGCAUAAAGUCUGUCAGAGUCUUGUGCUGUGUAUGUCUAUGCUGUUGUAGUUGCCUUGCCUUCACAGGAAGCUGAGGAGUAACACAGUGCGAAAAGGAUAAUUAUUAUUUUUUACAAAAUGUGUUUACAGUACUCUUCCUUGAA